UCUUCAUUGGAAACAACAGCAAGUUCUUUGCCUCCAAGACUAAUGGAUGGGGAGAAUGGUUGUGAAGGUCGACUUGAAGUCUAUUACAAAGGGGAAUGGGGCACAGUCUGCGAUGAUGGCUGGGACUUAGAUGAUGCCCAGGUUGUGUGCAGACAGCUUCGCUGUGGAAAUGCCAUUGAAGCUCCAAUUAGUGCCGAAUUUGGUGAAGGCUCUGGUAACAUCCACCUGAAUAAUGUCAAGUGCCAAGGAAAUGAAUCAUCACUUAAAGAUUGUUCCCAUGAUGGAUGGGGAGUUCAUAAUUGUCACCACAAGGAAGAUGCCAGUGUUAUCUGCUCAGGCCCACCAGCUACUACAGAAACACCAGUUACAACUGGAAGACUUCAAGUCUCAACUGAGAAGGGUAUUACCAGAGGUAUGUGUUAA